AUGGCUCCCAAAACGUGGAUUAUGCUGGAGAACAACCCUGAGGUGAUGAAUCAGCUGGCGACCAAACUAGGACUGUCGCCCGAAUUAUCCUUCUAUGAUGUUUGGUCGCUCGACGAGCCUGAAUUAACUGCCCAUAUUCCUCGUCCUGUCCUCGCUCUUCUCGUCAUCCUCCCUCACACUCCAGCCUGGAAGGAGGAUCGCCGGAACGAGGACGCCGCAAAGUCAGACUAUGAAGGUCGCGGUCCCGAAGAACCCGUCGUUUGGUUCAAGCAAACCAUUGAGCACGCCUGCGGAUCUAUCGGAUUUCUGCAUUGUGCCGUCAACGGCGCAGCGGCUGAUUUCAUCCAACCAGGGUCCGAUCUAGAUGCUAUUCGUCGUGCCGCUAUCCCUCUCGGGAGGGAAGAGCGGGCCAAAAUGCUCUAUGAUAGCGUGCCUUUCGAAGAAGCCCACAAUUCCUGUGUCCAGCUGGGGGAAACGGCUGCGAGCAACGAGGACCACCUGGGUCAACAUUUCGUGGCUUUCGUCAAGGCAAACGACAGGCUCUGGGAACUGGAAGGAUCGAGGAAAGGGCCGAUAGAUCGGGGCGCCCUGGGGGUUGAUGAAGACGUCUUGAGCUCCAGAGCCCUUGAUUUGGGCUUCAGGAGGGUCAUCCGACUGGAGCAGGAGGCCGGAGGGGAAGAUCUGCGGUUUAGCUGCAUUGCUUUGUCACGAAAGGUAUAG